AUGGCACAUGCAAAUAUGAGCAAGCACAUGUUGGUGGGCAUGCACUGGCGUGCUAAUGCUACACGGGUUGAGACGGGUCGGGUCGGAUCGGGUCGUGAUGAGUGUAAGUGUACAGUUGUGCUGGCUGUCACAGUAUUUCCUGAUGAGAAAGAGAAGCAUGAAUUGAAGCUGAGACUAGUAAAAGAAUUUGAAAUUAAAGAACUGGGGAAAUUGAAGUAUUUCCUUGGUCUUGAGAUGACAUAUUCCACACAGAGGAUCUUCAUAUCUCAGCAGAAGUACGUGAUUAAUUUAUUGGCAGAAACAGAGAAGACUGGGUGUAAGCCAAUUGCUAGUCCAAUAGAUCCAAACUAUAAGUUGGGAGAAGCUAAAGAAGAACCAGCUGUGGAUAAAAGAAUAGAACCUCAUCUUCAGACUGCCUACAGGGUACUGCAUUACUUGAAAGGCAAUUCGGAGAAAGGAAUCUUGUUCAAAAGGAAUGACACUCUUACUCUGAAAGCCUACACCGACGCUGACUAUGCUGGCUCCAUAGUGGAUAGAAGAUCAACUACAAGAUAUUGUACUUUUCUUGGAGGUAACCUAGUGACAUGGAGGAGCAAGAAGCAGAAUGUAGUGACAUGGUCAUCUGCAGAAUCAGAGUUCAGGGCUAUUGCUCAAGGAUUAUGUGAAUUACUGUGGUUGAGAAUCAUCUUGGAUGAUUUAAGAAUUCCAUGGGAGGGUCCUAUGAAGCUCUAG